AUGAAAUCCAAAGAAGGACCACCCGACAAUGUUGCCUGGGAGCCAGCUCCUCCUCCCUACUCGGAAUAUGACAGCUCAGACCCGGCUCCCCACGAUGCAGCGCCUGCAUAUUCUCGGCCGAUCGGCACUAACACCCUUCACAAGGCCAAAUUUCCGCCAGCCUUGAAUGGGUACUUUGAUUGGAAAUUGUCCUCCACGUUGCACCUGGGGCCGACCGCCGAUGAAAAGCUCUACCCGGUGUCCACCCAUUCCGCCAUCCUGAGCAACAGGCCGUCCCCCGUGCUCUACGACGGCCCAACGAACAAACAUCCGAUCAUGGCAACUGUCCGAGGCGAUAAAUGGGGCCAAACCAAACCCGUCACUAUCACCCUCCCACCACGCCCUGGCGCUCCCAAUCCAACGGAGACCGUGACGCAGAUGAUUCCGGCGGCUCCGUCCGGUCAGAUAUCCCUGAGGCUUACGUUCGAGGUGGCCCGGGCGGGAAAGGACGCGCGUGAGUGCUUCGAGUGGCGCAAAAGUCAUGGCAAUGAGAUCAAAGACCUGGCGGGCAAUACCCCUGGUUGGAAAUUAGCCCGACUGUCGGGGCCUCUCCAUAGUGCCGGCGGGUGUCGAACAGAGCGAGAACGAGAGUUCGCGAGUGAUGGCACAGAAGUCGUGGCGCUGCUUGCCCACAACGCCUCAUGGAGCUUGACCAAGGGGUUUCGUUUCGCCUUCCUGGGUAGCGGACUGGCUGAAGGUCUGGGAGAUGUCUGGGAGAUUAUCGUGAUGGUGUCUGCCCUCCUCCUUUAG